CGGCGUUGGGAGCCCCCGACGUGCAGGGACCGGGGUCGUGCCCUUCUUCUCCAUUCCCCCCACCCGGCGUCCUGAUGGGGACAUGGGGACGCGACCCCGCCCCGCGCCUUCCCUGGAGCCCCCUGGGUUUGAAGGGAAAUGGGAGGAUUUGCUGCUGCACGGAGCUGCAGCCCCCACGGCACGGCACGGCAUGGCACGGCACGGCACGGCACGGCACGGCACUGCUCCGGAGCAGCCAAGGGUGCUGCAGGGCUCAGCCAAUAUUGACACCACAAAGAACAGGUCCACACCAUUGCCAUUUUGCAGUGUGGCUGUACGUAGAAGCAUGCAAUGGGGCAGUGGCUGCAGCGCCACGUUCCAACCCCAUCGCUGUGACCCGGUACCCGUCCCAGCUGUGCCCACAGCGACAGAAUGGCAGCAGGAGAGGAGUUUGGGUUUGGGGGAAUUUUCCAUGGAGAAAACCACAGAGAUCCAGAGCUGUGAUCCUGUGACAGCACCGUGUUCUGGUUCUGCGACAUCCCUGGUCCACGGCUCGUGGUGGUGGGGACCCUCAGCACACAGGCAAUGGGACAUUUCAGGAUGCUGUGUCCUCAUGCGCCCACGGGAUCCACCCCCACAGAUGCUCCCUAUGGGGCUGACCACGUCCUCCAGGCAGACCCUGUCCCAUAGUAGGAGUCCCCGUGCCAUGGGGCAGCCCCCAAAGCUGCACCCCUCAGUGUUCCACCCAGCCAGGCUGCCCACUCUGCCCUCCAGUUUGCAGAGAAACUGAAGCUCCAGGCGCUUGGAUGCCCA